AUGGCCACAGUUCAAAAUACCCCUCAAUUGAGAGGCGAAGAAGUGGGUUCGCUUCAGACCAUGGCUCCCUCGCCGCCUCAAAUGGUAUUCCAAUCCCCUUCCAUCAUCCUUCAUAAGCAACUGUCAGAAGUGGAAGAGAAGCCACCAUUGGAUUUGACUCUCUUUCUCAUCCGACACGGCGAAGCAUCACAUAAUGUGCUGGAAAAAUUGGCGAAAGAAGAAGCAUUGCAACAGGCUCUGAAAGAAGGCCUCAAGGCAGAUGACGAUUUGACCAAGGAACGAGUCGAAUUGGCUCGUCAACGAGUCCUAUUGGACGAUAAUCUGUUUGAUGCUCCUCUGUCAGACCUGGGAAAAGAAGAAGCUCGUGGUGCUCGUGCAGCAUUGGCAUCCCUUUCAGAUGCUGAGAACUUGCCAUUUCCCGAAGAAAUAUUAGUCAGUCCAUUGACCAGAACUCUGGAAACUGCCAAUCUAGUCUUUCCCCAUCAUUCCAAUGUCCAUGUGCGAGAAGAGUUGAGAGAGCGCUGCACUGGGAAACCACCGGACACGAGGUCACCCACUGAUCAAUUACGUUCACGGAUUUCCUUCUCCCGCUUCUCCAUGGAUCGGCUCGCAGAAUUGACCACGCUUCAACACUCUCAACAACAAUAUGAAAAGCAAAAGAAAGAAGAAAACAAGUCCAUGCUGAGAGAGCGAACCCGUCAGCUCUUUCGACUUUUGGCGGAGUGUCCACCCACUCAAAAGAGCAUUGCGGUUGUGACCCACAAGGCAUACUUGAGAGAAUUAGAACGUGGUCCCUUUGGAAACCCAGAGUCUCCAGAGUUCAAGAAUGGGGAAAUCCGUGUGUACAAGAUUCGACUGCAUCCAGAAACGGAAUUCAUUGAGCAUGCCAGCAGAAUUGUGUGA